CAGUGAGGCAGCACCAUGCUGGCUCCAAAGAAAGGCCUCCUGUGCAACCUCAACCACAUCCACCUGCAGCACAUCUCCCUGGGGCUGCACCUCUCGCGGCACCCCGAGCUCCAGGACACGGAUGGUUCCACCGGAGGGGGAGACCAGACCGGCUGCACCCACUGCCCAGAGAACCGGGAGCCAGUGGAUGCCAAUUCCAACAAUCCCUCCGUGAAAUGCCGGUGCUGCGAGUCCCACGCUCCAGAGCCGGAGACGCUCGGGCUCCAGAACCAGGCAGUGCAGGAGGAUUUCCCCUGCCUGCACAGCGGAGACGAGGAGGAGGCGGCUUCCCCUUGUGAUCCCCCUUGUGAUCUGGCUUCUUCCUCCUCCUCCUCCUCCUCCUCCUCUGUCAGUAGCUGCUCGGAUUUCAGCUUGGAUGACUCCCCAGUCUCGGUGUACUGCAAGGAGUUCGCCAGGGAAGAGUCCCAGUCCCCUGACCAGCAGCUGAACGUCAUUCCCAUAGAAAACGCCCAGGAUGGCGAAUCUCUGGCUGACCAGGACAGGACAUGCGAUGGGAGAGAUGCCAACCACAACUCCCCGGUGCUCCGGAGAGCCACUGCCGUGGCCAGCAAGAGCCCAGACAGCCUCUGCAGCAACAACUCGCUCGAUUCCCACUGCGAUGAGCUCUCUCCCAGCACAGCAGCACAGGAGACCUGCUCUGACCUGGACCCCAACUGCAACCCCCUCCCCGAGCCCGAUGCUGCCCCUCCAGCACCGCCGCCUGUGCCGGAACGGCGGCACCCCGAGAUGCCGAGCAGCGCUCCGGAGCCGCGGCCCCGGCCCGGGGGGCUCCCCCCGCCCGUGCCCCCUCGGCCCCGGCGGCGGCUGCAGGUGCUCAAUGCGCUCGGGCCAGCAGAGCCCAAGGCCGGCCCAGGGGAGCUCUGCAGAGACACGGGCACCAAAACCAUCACCUCCUUCCACGAGCUGGCCCAGAGGAGGAAGAGGAACGUGGCUGUGCCCACAAUCGCCCAGGCCAGGGUUGACCGCAGCGACUGGCUGAUCGUGUUCUCGCCCGACACGGAGCUGCCCCCCACCAGCGAGCUCCUGGGCCAGGAGCCAGCCCAGCCCCAGCCCCAGCCCCAGCAGGACGGGCCAGCGAGGCCUCCCGGCUCCAGACAGAGAGAGGUGACAACGUUCAAGGAGCUGCGGUCCCGCAGUGCCGCCAGGCAGCCCAAGGGGCAGCGGGCAGAGCCGGCCCAGCACCCCGCUGUGCCCCCGGGCACGGGCACGGGCUGGGGACCCCCCGCUCCCACGGGGGGACAGGCGCUGGCACCCAGCGACAGCCACCAGCUGAGAAGGAGACCCCGGCCCAGCCUGCAGCCCAUCGCGGAGGGGCAGCCCAGGGAUGUGGAGAAAGGGGCGCUGCCCGCAGGGGAAAAGGGGCUGGGCACUGCCGCGCUCCGGAGGCUCGGGGACCCCGCGGCGCCACGGGCAGCCCCGAGAGGAGAUGAGACCAGCUCGGGGGGUGACGCGCUUCCUCCGCCUCGGGCCCGGCCCCGCCGCCCAGCCCGGCCCGGCCCCGCCGCCCUUCGCUCCGCCGCCGGCCCCGGCUCCAUGAGCCGGAGCGAUUUGGGCCCCGCCGCCGGCCCCGCUCCUCCCCCGGCCCCGGGCUGCGCUCCAGCCGCUGCCGCCCCGCCUGACCCCGCUGUCCCGCUCUCUCCAGCCAGGCCCGAGCCGCUCGUCCCUGGAGCCGCCGCUGGAGCCGCCGCUGGAGCCGCCGCUGGAGCCGCCCGGCCCGGCGGGGGGAGAGCGGACGGGCCCCAUGGAGAGCAAACGAAAGCGCUGCUGGUCGCCGUCAGCUCCGCCGUGGACAAGGUCAUCGCCCACUUCAGCACCGCACGGAACGUGGUGCAGAAGGCCCAGCUGGGGGACAGCCGGCUCAACCCCGACGUGGGGUACCUGCUGCUGCACACGCUCUGCCCUGCCCUCUACGCCCUGGUGGAGGACGGGCUGAAGCCCUUCCAGAAGGAUGUUAUCACAGGCCAGAGGAAAAAUUCCCCCUGGAGUGUGGUGGAAGCCUCUGUGAAGACAGGCCCCAACACCCGCUCCCUGCACUCCCUGUGCUGGCACGUGGCCGGGCUGGCCCCCCUCAGCAGCACCAGGCAGAAGUUCCACGCCUUCAUCCUUGGCCUUCUGAACAUUAAACAGCUGGAGUUGUGGAUAUCUCACCUGCAGAAGAGCCCAGGUGUGAUCUCUGUGCUUUACUCACCCACGGCCUUCUUCGCCCUGAGCCAAGGCCCUCUUCCCCACCUUGCUGACGAGCUGCUGCUGCUCAUCCAGCCCCUCUCAGUGCUGACUUUCCACCUGGACUUGCUCUUUGAACACCACCACCUCUCCGUGGACGUCCGGCCCUUGUCCCGCCGCCUGGAGUCGCCGCUGUCACCCCGUCCCGGGGCUGCGUCUCAGCAGGGUCAGGGUGCUGCUGCCAGGGACAGCCUGGAGGAUGAGACCCCCCCUGAUGCUCUGGGCAGGGUUGGGGGCACAGGGGGCAGCACAAGGGCUCGGUCCCAAGCCACCAUGGGUGGGCUGGUCCCUGCCCCCCCAGUGGGGGCUGCCCUGCAGGAAACCUGGCAGCACGUGCUGCGCUGGGGCGACCAGCUCAGCCGCACCUUGCUGGGAUCUGACACCCCCCCCGAGGGCCACGGGCCUGAGGAGGGCACUGGGGGGACUGGGGCUGGCCUCAGUGGCUGGUGGGGCCAGCUGAGCCAGAGCUCCAGGAUUUACACUGCUCCUAGCAAGGAAAAGUUCCCCUUGGUCUGGUGGACAAAGCUGCGGGCGGCGGCAGGGGAUCCCAGCCCGGGCCAGGCUGUGCAAUCCCAAACUUCCAGAGGCACAGAGCUGCAGCUGCUUCAGACCAAAGCUGUCCCUGAAUGCUCUGGCCCAAAGCCCAGCAGCAGCACUGACACCUCAGGCACAUCUUCCCCUGAAGACCUCUUCUUGCCCACUACAAGAGCACUGACCAAGCUGGAUGAUCCCACUGCUGGAAAGAAUCUCCUGGCUGCUUCCCCAGAGCCUCCUGCCGGCAGGAACCAGGCAGCACCUUCUGGCCCAGAGAUGGGGAACCCUAGUCCUGACAAGGGCAGCUGGCUGGGACGGCUCUUUGGAGCCACCAACCCCUCGUCCAGGAGCUUCUCCCCCAACCCUGACACCGCCUUGGCCAGGUCCAGGAGACCAUCCCGCUGGCUGUGCCCCAGCCCCGUCCUGGCCGGGGUGGUGAAGGGUCUGGCGCCCGACAGGAGCCGCGCCCCGGAGCAGCCGGGCAGGAGCAGCCCCGCCCCGCCCCAGCCCCGCAGGGCAGUCCGGGCGCUGUGCGACCACACGGGCACCGCCGACGGGCACCUGAGCUUCCACAAAGGAGACAUCCUGGAGCUUCUCUCCACUGUGGAUGAAGACUGGAUCCGCUGCUGCCAUGGAAACAGCACCGGCCUCGUUCCUGUUGGUUACACGUCUCUGAUUUUGUGAGGAGGAGGAGGAAGGAAGGGACCUGAGGAAGCAGCUGAGCUUUGCCGGGGCGGGUGCCAGCCCUGGGAGUCUCCUGCCACCUCCAGGGCUGGCAGCUCCCAGGGGACCCUGCCCUGUGCCUGUCACUGCUGCAUGAUGUCACCGUGUGCCACCGUGUCGCCCGGACCCGCUGGCGCUGAGCCGCGGCUCCUCUUUGGGAGGAGCUUUUUUGGGAGCCUCUCUGGCUCGUUCCUCAGCUGCUGCUGCCCACCCUGUGCCAGGGCCGGCUCCUUUCCCUGCCCGGACCUCGCACUGCCCCGUGUCACCUCCGUGCCCUCGUGUCCUGCCACCGCUGCCACCUCCUCGUGUCCCGCUCUGCCCCGGGGCCAGCGCGCAGUCCCAGCACUCUGUAAAUAAUUGUAACCACACCAAUGAGCUUGGUUUGUUCCACGGGGGGGAAAAAAAAGCUGGAAAUAAAGGUUGUGACUCACGUG